GUGCGCGUGCAAACAUUUGCAUCCCUAUAAUGGCAACAGGACCGCAGCAACACGCACGGGCUUGGGUGUUUUGGCUUGCAUGUAUUUCUUUACGUCUUUGUAGUAGUCUGGCGGGGGGUGAAGUUUGGUUACCUAAAACCAAAGACGGAUUCGCGGGACAAAACGCACCAAUCCACGCAAAGAACUUGUCUGAGCCAUCAAUUGAAAGGGUAAUGCUUUACGGGCAUUUAACCAUUGGAACAAAAAAAUUUAGUCCGACUGCCGAGAGAAGCCCUUCUGAUAAAGAAUCCGAGAUGUUUGCAGAUUAUCCCGCAAGGGACGCCAAUUACCAAUCGGACUCCCAUUACCAACCAGUGCAGGAAUCAGAACACCUGACUGAAGGAGUGACUCGCCCAAGGAACAAGAAGACGCGUGCUGUGGACCGCUUACUAGGAAUGAAGCCAAAAGUGGAGUGCGGCGACGACUCGAUGACUCUGAAAUUAAAUGGAGCCACAUCGUUGGGGUAUAAUUUUCUUGUUGACCGGGGAAAUGCACACCCACUUCCAUUGAUGAAAAUGCCUUCAGACUGUGGCUACAAUGUAAGAAGGACCUGGAGGGAUUUGGCUUUCAGUGCACCUUAUGAUGGCUGCUUUGUUGCUCAAGAGGACUCCUGUCAUGUGUUGCCUCUGGUCAUCUAUGGCCUGCCGGUGAGGAUGAGCUGUCCAACCACAGCACCAGUGCCACCCUCAGUGUCUUGCCAUGCCAGUGGAAUGACUGUGGAAAUGCAAUCAUCUGGCUCUGUUAAAACUAUUCAAGUGAAGGUAAAUGGCAAGUGGGAGUCCUUGAUGAAAAUAUCUGCCCGUUGUGGCUUCAGUGUUGUAGAACAUCCAAAAGGCGUGACCAUAUCUGCUCCUUACCAGCCCUGUAUUAAAGAACAGGAUGGUUUGUUGACUUUUGAAGUAGCGGCCGAGGCAGACUACAAGAUCUCUUGUCCAAUUCAAACAUUUAGUCCCACUGCUACGGUGACUACUUGUCCGGAGUGCACAAACACUUGCCCUGAGUGUGCAAGCAUUAAGUUGCCUGGUUCUCCAGAGACUGAACAGGCAAUCCCACAAACCAAUUCUCAAACACCUGGGCCUGCACAUGCCCAGCAUCCUCCAAGACCAGCUCCACUGUCUACAGAAGCUCCUUUGUCUGCUGUUGAUUCCAAGUGGCCUAAUCCCAUGCAGUUUCCAGCACAGUUUCCUUACUUCUGGCCUCCCCUUACACCCAAUGCUGUUCCUGAGAAACCACAACCACCUCCAAAAGCUGUUGUCCCAACUACACGGGCUCCUUUGGAUACAGCUGCGCCCAAAAUACCAUCACCCGGUGAAAACUCUAACAGCAAUAAGCCUGAUACCAUGCAGUUUCCAGCACAGUUUCCUUUCUUCUGGCCUCCCCUUACCCCCAAUUAUGUUCCCGAGAAACCACAACCUCCUCCAAAAGUUCUUGUCCCAACUACACCGGCUCCUUUGGAUACAGUUACCCCACCAGCACCCGUUGAAGACUCUGACAGCAAGAAGCCUGAUCCCAUGCAGUUCCCAGCACAAUUUCCUUUCUAUUCAAUACCUCCUGAAUAUUUUUGGCCUAGACCUAAUACUAUUCCUGAUAUUUCUGAAAAACCGCAGCCACCUCAAAAUACUGUUGCCCCAAGUACACAGGCACCUUUGAAUACAGCUGCCCCAAAAGCACCAACGCCUGUUGAAGACUCUACUGAUAUCCUACCUCCACUGAAUCCUGGGCCUAUGCACUUUAAUCCACAGUAUUUUUAUCCACCCAAUCCUGGACAUUUCAUCAAUCCUGGACGACAGCAGCCUCAACCGGCUGUUGUCCAAGCUACUCCAGCUCCUUUGGAUAAUGACAUUGCACCAACACCUGCACAUGCCCAACGUCCUCAAAGACCAACUCCACUGUCGACAGAAGCUCCUUUGUCUGCUGUUGAUUCCAAGUGGCCUGAUCCCAUGCAGUUUCCAGCACAGUUUCCUUACUUCUGGCCUCCCCUUACCCCCAAUUAUGUUCCUGAGAAACCACAACCACCUCCAAAAGCUGUUGAAGACUCUGCUGACAGCCAGAAGCCUGAUCCUAUGCAGUCCCCAGCACAGUUUCCGAUCUUCAAGCCUCUCCCUCCCCUCAAUUCUGUUCCUGAGUUUUCUGAGAAACCACAACCACCUCCAAAAGUUCUUGUCCCAACUACACCGGCUCCUUUGGAUACAGCUGCCAAGACACCAGCACCCGUUGAAGACUCUACUGACCGCAAGAAGCCUGAUCCCAUGCAGUUCCCACCACAAUUUCCUUUCUAUUUGGUGCCUCCUGAAUAUUUCUGGCCUAGACCUAAUACUAUUCCUGAUAUUUCUGAAAAACCACAACCACCUCAAAACACUGUUGCCCCAAGUACACGGGCACCUUUGAAUACAGUUGCCAAGACACCAGCACCUGUGGAAGACUCUGCUGACAGCAAGAGACCUGAUCCCAUGCAGUUCGCAGCACAAUUUCCUUUCUAUUCGAUGCUUCCUGGACAUUUCAUCAAUCCUGGACCACAGCAGACUCAACCGGCUGUUGUCCAAGCUACUCCAGCUCCUUUGGAUAAUGACAUGGCACCGACACCUGCACAUGCCCAGCAUCCUCCAAGACCAGCUUCACUGUCGACAGAAGCUCCUUUGUCUGCUGUUGAUUCCAAGUGGCCUAAUCCCAUGCAGUUUCCCUCUAAGGCUAAGGCUGAUGGACAGUCUGAAUCUGGAGAUCAAUCACAGAGCAGCUCUAAAUCUCUUGAUGCCAAUGGCAAUGAUCUGCCUGUACAGUGCUCCAGUGUUUGUGCAAUCUCUUCUGCAUAUUGCUGUCCCAUGUCGGUGUCCUUUCAUCAGCACCACCACCAUCACAAUCAUAAUCAUUUCUCUCCUGCAUUACACCAUCACACUGCAGACCAACAAGCGACAGGUGGCAAUGGGCAAGAACAUUCCGAUAUCGAACAGCUCUUUAGAAAUAAGCAGCCUAGUUCGUCUUUGAAUUCAACCGAGAAGCAGACGUCCUCAAUUCCAUCGCUGAAGAGUUUAUUUUUCCCUGAUCAGAAUGAGAAACAUGCAGUCAUCACAGGUACGCCUGCUCCAACUGUUGCUAAACCAAGUUUGCCUCCAAAUGAUCAGAUCCGUCCUCCCUUCUGGAAUCCGCACAUGCCCGUCCCCAUUGCUGUCCCUGGGAACCUCCAUGCUGAACAGCUAGCUCGGAUGUUGCCUCCAAUCCUUCCCAACCCUCAAACUGCAGCAGAACCUUACCCCAAUAACCCUACAAAAUUGUUGCAGAAUGCCAAGUAUCUGGCUCCAGACUUUGCCUCUAGUGCCAAUCCUACUGAUCCAGCCAACUGGUCUCACAGGAUCGAGACCCCCAGAAAAAGUCCAAGCAUGUCUAAUCUUCAGACCAAAGCCAUUUCAAAACCUCAGAGCCCUGUGCCAGAUCCUGAUCCCGUAUACCCGUGGCUUCAGAUUCCCUACUUUCUUCCAUACCAGCCACUAACCUCUAAAUCAAGUACCAGCUCUGAACAGCCUUCCUCUCCCAGGGAGUCCGACACUCUUGUGGAUCAAACCCCUCAAUUUCCCAAUAAUUUAUUGUCGCCAAUAAAUGUGAAGCCUCCAAAAAAUCUCUCCCACUCAUUGGCCUCCUAUCCAUUUUUUAUCCCCACUUCUGCACUGAGAUCACAUGUACCAGAGGGCAUGCAGAGCAUGCCUGGUGAAUCAUCAGAUUCACCUCAGGUACAUUCUACAGCAUCAAAACAUUCAAGUUCAAAGGCUGAAGUGGCUCCCUCUGGACUGGGUCCUCAAAGGCAAUACUGGCAUCAGAUGGCUCCUGCGAAGGCCAUAGCUGGUAAUGGGUACUCAAAAGUGCCCUCAAAAUCCCAGUCUACAAAACCUCAAGUAAACAUGAUUGGGCCUUCUAACCAAAUUCUACCACAUUUGCACUCGAGGUCUGGUUCCAAUGGUAAAUCCAUUCCACCAAUGGGUCCCCCUCAGUCUUUUAAGGAUUACUGGAAACCGCCAAGGACUUUUCGGUAUUGAAGAUCUUCUGGAAGGCAGCUUUCAUGAUCCGAAGAGAAGGAUUUCAUGGGACUCUCGGGCGUGCAUUGAACAUCAAAAUGUCAUUCUAUUUAAUAAAUCUCCGAAAGGAA